AUGGAGGUUCGUCAGAUAAUUAAGGAUAAUAAUCUUACUUUCUGUGCUAUUUUAGAGACUCAUGUUGAUGUAACUAAGCUUGAUAAAGUUUGUCGAGCAGUUUUCCGUAAUUGGGAGUGGACGUCUAAUGGGGGGCUUUGUGAUAAGGGUACUAGGAUCAUAAUUGGAUGGAAUCCCUCUGUGGUUGAUGUUAUGGUUCUAGCUCAAACUGCCCAAGUUGUGCAUGUUCAGAUUGUUUUUAAGAAGGAUAAGCGAAUGUUAUUUUGUUCUAUUGUUUAUGCAGCCAACUACUAUGUUUCUGUUCAGGAUUUGUGGCAUCAUCUUUCUAUGCAUAAAAGCUUUGUUGAUGAUAAACCUUGGGCUAUCUUGGGUGACUUCAAUUCAGCAUUGAACUUGGAAGAUAAAUCUUUGGGAGCAUCGACAAUAUCAGCAGAUUUGUAUGCUAUUUUUCAACCAUGUCGGCUGUCAGAUCAUUGUCCGUGCGUGUUAAGGAUUCCAGAUGCUGGAAAAGCUAGACUCAAGGCAUUUAACUUCUCUAACUUCUUGGUUCAUAAGCCGGAAUUCCUAGAUACUGUGAAAACUAUAUGGGAUACUAGUGUAAAUGGGGUUUACCAGUUUCAAGUUGCCAAGAAGAUGAGGUUGCUGAAACAUCCGCUUCGGUUGCUGCUAUUUAAACAAGGUAACCUAAACAAAAAAGUAGAGGACCUCCGUCAGAAGCUUGAUGUUGCCCAACAGGAAAUAGAUCGGCAGCCGUUGUGUGAGGAGUUAAGAAUCGAGGAAGUAAAUCUUACCUGUGAUUUCCAACAGGCAUGUUUGGAUGAAGAACGGUUCUUAAAACAAAAAUCAAAGGUGGACUGGCUGAGAGCAGGUGAUUCAAAUACUGCUUUUUUCCAUGUGUCUUUAAAAAAUAGAAACCAUAGAAGCCGUAUAGAUGUGAUUAUGGAUACUAAUGGGAUUUCCUACGAUAGCCAAAAUGUUCCUAAAGCUUUUGUUCAGCAUUAUGAGAAUUUUCUUGGUUGUGUUGGGGAUACUUCUCUGUCGCCUUCUCCUGAGCUUUUUUCGAAUGUUCUAAAUCCCGACAUAGCUGGUAACAUGACUCGGCUGGUCACGGUUGAUGAGGUUAAAAAAGCCAUGUUUGCGAUUGGAAGUGAUAAAGCGCCAGGUCCUGAUGGUUAUUCUUCUGCGUUUUUCAAGAGUGCCUGGCCUAUCAUUGGUCAGGAUGUUUCGAAUGCUAUUAUUGACUUCUUUAAUACGGGGAAGUUACUUCGGGAGCUAAACCAUACACUUAUAGUUCUUGUGCCGAAGAAGUCUACCCCCUCUGUUGUUACGGAUUAUAGGCCCAUUGCUUGCUUCUGCAUUUGUUCCGGGAAGGAAGAUAUCGGACAAUAUUCUUCUUACCAAAGAGCUUAUGCACAAUUAUCAUAG